UGGAGACUUUCACCCAUGUCCUUGCAAGCUCGAGCACUUCAUCUCGGACGCAUCAACGGACAACGUCAAAGCAGAUUGGCAAGUAUCGCGCAUUUGGAUCGGACUAUCACGAGUUUGAGGCAGUUAGUUCCACCCUCCACGAAUAAGCCCACUCCAAAGACUGUCAACACCUUGGAUGACAUGGAGACUCUUUUGGAAGACGCUAUAGUCUUUCUAAGUAAAAUUGCCGAGGAACCAGAACUCGUUAGAGCCAUUCGAGCUGAAUACGCCUCCAGACAAAACGUUCUCGUACCUUCAAACAAUUCAACUGAGAAUCACUCCGUACAGAAUCAUUCAUCGUCCAAUAGCCACUCCAGUCCACCCAGUCCCCCUCGUGAUAUGGAAAAUCUCUUCACCCUCUUCAAGUUGAAACGAGGUCUUGGUCAAAAGCGCCUUAUUCCACGACGUAUUUAG